GCUCAAGCCUUGUAGAGGGAGGGUGUACAUCACGCUGCUCCCAGACGCCUUCGCUAUGGCUCCCGAAGACGCUGUACCGCACUGGGAGGAAUUUUACUUAGGCUCCCGGCGGUUCCAGUUCGUAGCGGAUGGACUCGGAAUGCCCAUUGACCAGGUCAACUUCAUCCUGGGCCAGUUGGCGGGGCUGGUGCUGGCAUGGGUGAUGAGGGUGUACCUGCAUCCCUCAAGGGUCUCCACCACCACAAGGCACUGGGGCUCCUUUCUGGCUGGUGUCAGCAUCUCCUACUUCUGUUUUGGGAGACAGAUGUUGUUAGCUGUUGCCCUGGUCUUAGGCUGCUACCUCCUCAUGCUGCUGCUGCCCGUGACACUGCUGCACCACGUCACCCUGGCAGCCUCCCUCACCUUUCUGUCUGCCAUGCACAUACAGCGCCAGUUCUAUGAAGAUGGGAUGUUCGUUAUUGAUGUAACAGGACCUUUGAUGAUCAUGGUGCAGAAGGCUACCUCCCUUGCCUACAGCCUGCACGAUGGUCUCUCCGGCCUUAAGGACCACGACCUCACACCCCUGCAGAGGGAAAUGGUCCUUAGGAAGAAGCCAUCUGUCAUUGAAUACUUCAGCUACAUGUUAAACUUCCACUCCAUCCUGGCCGGUCCCUUUUUCAUGUUUGCCGACUACCAGGACUUCAUUGAGGGUACAAACUACGCCAAGAGGGCCAUGAAUGUUGCCAGCACCAAGACCUCACUGGACAGCAACCGCAACAAGAGUGUGGAGGAGGAGGUGGUAGUGGGGAAGAGUGGCCACAUGGAGGGUGACGGAGUGGCUGCCCACCGCCCCUCCACCCCCGAGAGUGAGCCGGACCCCACCCGCGUGUCCCUCUACAAGGCUGGUCUGGCCGCCAUCAGUGCCUUCGUCACCGUCGUCAUCCUACCCAGGUUCCCCAUCAGCUAUAUCACAGAGCCAGCGUUCUUUCAGCAUUCCUACCUGUACAAAAUAUUCUUCUUGGUGGCGGUGACGUCCCUGACUCGCCAUGUUUACUACACGGCCUGGCUUCUCGGGGACAGUAUCUGCAACAUGUCGGGCAUCGGGUACAAUGGAAAGGGACCAGAUGGGGCGCACCGCUGGGAUAUGGUGUCCAACGUGGAUGUGGUGGGCGUGGAGAGUGCCCUCAGCCUGCGGGACACCCUGGAGGCCUGGAACAGCGGCACCAUGAAGUGGCUGAGGUUCAUGGUGUACGAGCGUGCCACUGUGCAGAAGACACUGUUUACCUACAUGCUGUCCUCAAUGUGGCACGGCUUCUACCCCGGCUACUACAUCACCUUCGUCAGCGGGGCGUACUUCACCAUCGCUGCCAGAUAUGUUCGGAGGUCAGUGCGGCCAAGGGUGGUGGCGGCGGGACCCAGGGCAAAAGUGGCCUACGACGUGCUCACUUGCCUCACCACUCGCCUCUGCCUCGCCAUCUUCACCUUCCCAUUUAUCCUUCUCCGGUUCUGGGGCAGCAUUGCGGUGUACAGAGACUUUUACUUCUUGCCGCACAUUAUGGGAGUCCUGGUGAUUGUGGUCCUGCCCAAAGUUCUCCCUCCACCAGCAAGGCGCAGGGAGGCCACAGAGACACCCACCAACCAGGAGAAGAAGGCACAAUGAGACAAUCAGGAGAGAACAUACAGAGAGAGAGAGAGAAAAAAAGAGAGAGGAGAGAGAAAUCUUUGCUACCUACGUGUGAAGAGAAGCUCCCAGUCCCAUGUAUGCAGAAUUUGAUCCCAUUUCUUGCCAUUUAGUAUUUUGUAUUGUCAGUGUUGCUGUGAUUCUUCCCUCCUGGCUUUCCGUCUCGACCAAGGCCAGAGAUGAGUAUUUUUUCCCCAGGCAUCUGUGUAUUAGAGUAUUUACCAGCAGUACUUUUCUAUUAUACCUCCUCUAGUCCUCUGUUUUAGUUCAUUUGGCCACCGUCAGUUACCUAAUGCGUGUGUGAGAGAGAGAGGAUGGGCGUAUGGAUGUAAUUGUGUGUGUGUGUGUGUGUGUGUGUGUGUGUGUGUGUGUGUGUGUGUUGCCAUCAAAAUCAAAUGCCCUGGCUGGCUAAUUGUGGGGGAGGUUAAUUUCUCAGCAUUAGUACUUGUAGUAAUGUGUAAUCGUGCAACCCAAGGCACUCACAGCUCAGGGUUCUCGUUCCCUUCACCGCCCUUCCAUGACGAGCCCUUCUCUUCUUUUAUGCUUUAUUCUUUCGAGAGUCAGGGAAAGAGGAACAACCAAGCAGUGCCAAUUUUGUGUGUGUGUGUGUGUGUGUGUGUGUGUGUCUGAGAAGCACAAUCACAUUUAACCAAACAACUUCAGGUAAUCCUUGAUGGCAAUGGCAUUGUUCACAGGGCCAAGUAGGAGUGAGGCAGCCUGCUUAGUGUACCUCCAGACAGACAGACGCCAGUAACUCGAUUCUCUACCCUCAGUUUUUGAACCAGAACACGCCAGCAUGCAUUACUGCUCCUUCCUUGGGUUGCACGAGGCAGACUCCCCUGAGAUGUGUUUUUUCAUCACUCACAUAGCUGCUGUGACUUAGCUAACAUGUCUCAGAUUUGGUAGUGUUGACCCAAAGCCUUAGCCUGUCAGUCGGUGGAGAAAGAGAGAGACAGAGAGUGUGUGUGGGGGAAGGAAGAGGUGGACCUUUUAAUGUUAACAGCAGUCAGGUGUUGUUGCUACACGUUCAAGAAGAAAAGAUUAAAGGAUUUAUUCUCACUGAACCGCCUUGAGGUCGCUGCUGAUGGUGGGACUCUCCCCCAGUGCUCAACAGUUCUAAUAUUGAAGAAUGUUUACGUGUGUCACAUCUCCGUCCUUUUGAUUUCAUGCCUUUUUCUCUUGUAUUUUUGAAAGUUUCAAUUGGAUCUCUACUUAUUGAUUUAUGGAGAGAAAAGCUUGUGUAGUCAGCUUAUCGUUUCCUCGUUUGGUGAAGCGCGCGGCAUCAGUGUUUGUUUUGUGGCUCAUCUGUUCUCCUUAGACUAAGUUUUGGUCUUUUUGUAAUGUGGUGACCAGGAUUGUACUGCAUAUUCCAGGUUUGGCCUCAACAAUGUCUCCUGAACACUUGUGUCAUCUCCGGCAAUCUGUAACCAAAAUUUCUCCAGAUACAUAAUCAGAUAUUUACUAAUUUGUGAAUUGGUCUCGCAUUUCUCCUCAUUGCUCCUCUGAGGGUGUUCUGUGGUGCCUCUGUGCACAGAGACCUCUGUGUGCCCAGCCCUUGCACUGUGUUGCUGGGGCACCUUCAGCCUUCAAUCAGUCUAUCAAUCAGUCAGUCAAUCACUCUUUCAUUUUGUCAAUUUUACAGCAUACUUAGGCUUGUGUGUAUCUCAGAAUACAUCCCUUUAACCCUUUCACUGCUCAUUGACACAUCUUUCCUUAAUUACCAGCCACUCUUAAGACUUAUUUUCUUGUUCUACAGCCACCUUUUUUAUCACCUUCUCUCUUGUAGAUGCUUAUAAAGAUUCUACACAUUGUUUUUAGUGCUGUAAAUUAUUGCAUACCUCAGUGAAGGGGUUAAGAAUGUCAAACAGGAGGAAUAAUUAAAAUACAGGAACGUACAAUUUGUCUUGUGGGAAUUUUGCACAAGAACAGGACAAAGUGAGGCCCUGCACCUUUAGUUACUUCAGUCUUAAUCACCUGGAGGGAACAAAAGACUUCUCAAUGUGAUAAAUUUCCAGUGGUGGAUGUGGGGGCUUUAAAAUGUAGGAAUUUUGUACAAGAACAGGAGAAAGUGAAGCCCUGCACCUUUAGUUACUUCAGUCUUAGUCACCUAAAGGGAACAAAAGACUUCAAAAUGUGAUAAAUUUCCAGUGGUGGAUGUGGGGGCUUUAAAAUGUUGCCAGAGUGUCCAGCAACUAGACCAACUCCCUCUGAGGUUGUGAUGUAAGCCAGCAGAGUCAGCAAGUUUGGCUGCACUGAGGCUGGGAGGUUGUGAGAGGGUCCCUGGUGGUGGAUACAGGCCAGCGGUACCAGUGUGGUGUGUUCGUGUCAGAAACUUAAUCUCUCAAGAAAAUUUGCAAUCAUAACCUGAAUGUGAUAAAAGUCGUAGUGUAGAUGCCCUUGCAGUGGUUUGUAAUGUUACAUUUGUACUGUUCAUGUAAGACAAGUGAGUGGAAUGUGGUGGUGAGGGCAAGCAGGAUGAAACAGGAGUACUUUAUGCUGAAAUGUUUCAGCUGUUACCUUCCUCACUCUGGACAAGAAUACAGCCAAAACAUGAGAAAGUAAAGGAUUUCUGUUAGUUAUGCUUUGUUUCACCACCACACUCCUGAUAUCUGUAUGGGCACCUUAUGGCACCAAUUACAUGGAGGUUGAAGUGCAACACGUAAUGAGUCUUGAUGCACCUGUGUGGCGUGUGCUGUGUGGCGUUUCUUAUGUGUAGGUGAGAACUUAACUGUAUUUUGGGGGUUUUGUAUUUUUCAUUGAGCUGCAACACACGACUUCAAUGCCUCUUGUCUGCGUUUGUCGAGUGGGGCAGGCAGUUGUCUGUGUGUGUGUGUGUGUGUGUGGUUGUGUUUGUAAUGAAGCAGUGUUUGAUGUAGUAUUAUGUGAUUGGUUCUGUAUGCCUCAGAACUAUUGCUAAAUUUCUGCCUCCUGCCCUUCUUGUGCAUGGGUUAGUGGAGGUUCUUGUGUGUGUGUGUGUGUGUGUGUGUGUCUGUCUGUGUAGGUCACAUGAAAAUGCUUAUCAAGAGUCAACGAAGUAAAACGGUACAAAUUUCAAUUAUUUGGUGUUCUUGCUGAUGUUAGUUUGUCAUUUUUCUUUUGAGUUACGUCCUCGGUUUAGCCUCACUCGCGUGUGUGUCUGUGUGUGUGUGUGCGUGUGUUUUUAUAUGCGUGCCAGUUUCAUCAAUAGAGGUGGGGAACAUUGUACAAUAAUUUUAUAGUGUAACAUUCUAUUAAUUGCCAGUCUUGUGAUAAUUUUGACCAUGACAGAGAGAAGGAAAAGUGGUAAUAAAUGAUCUACUGUGAAGGUUUAUACAUUUAAUCAUUUCGUUCACCUGUAAUCGUCUUUAAUGAUGUUCUGUCCAGCGAUGCAUGGGGGUUUUGGUUCAGGUGUAGAGUUCAGGAAACCAUUGUGUUAAUUGUAUUUGAGAACUUUAUAUUAUAAGGCGGAAAAAUGUGAGGUAAUGAGUGAUGUGACGUAUUGCCUUCGUCUACAAGUCCUGGGAACUCUGAUGUUGCUCUCACUGCCGAGGAAGACUUUGCUGUCAUUUCCGUCAACUUACAGUGGAGUUCUCCUCUUUAUUCAUCCUGAAAUGUACCUUUGUUCCUGUACUUAUGUCUGUAUCAAGCACAGUGUUGGACUCCGCUCUGUUUUAAAGGACGCUGUGCUUGUUAGUUAAGGUGAAGUGAGCUGCACCCUCUCCCCUUAGCAACCACCAGUCGUAUUCAGUCACAUGCAGUGAGGUGAUUGCAUGGCACUUUUCCUUCGUCCGCCAAAGGGAGGAGGCUGUGACGGCAGGCAGUUGAGUGGUUGGUCAGUGCCUUCAGGGGUCUUGGAAAAUGGAUUCAUCAGUAGUAAUAUCAUCAAGGUUCCUGGAGUAGUGAAUGUGCUGUCUGCUUAGGGUGAAUCUCCUCCUCUGUCACUGGAAUGUUUAAGUACAUCAGUUUUUACCUUCUGAAUGUUGUGGUUGUUGGCCUUUUAUUCCCAUGUCUCGUCUCUCACUUUGCGUUUAGAGUUAAGCUUUCCUCCUUUGUUUUUUAUCCAUAUUUUUUUUUUAGUUUGUUCUUACUUUCGAAAUAUUGUGGUCAGUAUUUUGUUUUUCCCCACCUCUGCCCUUUUUAUGCUUUUUUUAGUCAGUUCCUCCCUUUACCAAAAUGAGUUUUAUGAUUUUUCAGGUGUCUUUUCCAUCACUUCUCUCAUUUUAUUUUGUUUGUGCAAAAUUUGUAUUUCUCAUUAUACUCUUGUAUUUUUCAUUGUACUCCCAACAGCUUUUCAAAAUUUAUGCAAUUGGUAUAUAAGCUUGUGUGGUUUUGUUCAUAUUUUGUCUGUGUUGUUGUCCUCUUUACUCUUACAUUCUUGGUCCCAGGUCAGGCAAGGUCUGUUGUGGUCUGUCUAUCUGUAUAACUCUUAUAUAACUCUACAAGUUUCCGUCUUUCCCAUUUGCAUUCUCUUAUUUUGCAAAAUUCUCAGUUCUCAUUGCACCUCUUGCACAUUUCAGAUUGAUGUCACUGUGGGUGUGUUCAGGUGUGUACAAGUUUCACAGAACUAAUGUCAAACCUGUCUGGUGUGUUUCUCCCUUCCCUCCCUCCCUCUCCCCCAUUCAGGCAGCAGCAGGUUAAGCCACAUUGCUCAAAUUUGCAUGUCCAGAGCAGGGAUCAGCAGUUCUCCCCACACUCUGACAUGCCUCUUGUUUCUCCCGCUGUUUGAUCCAGUUUUGUAGUGAUAGUGUUUAGACAGUACAGUGUUACAUAUUUAAUCUCUUGAAUUUUGCUCCUUUGUGUCCAAGUUUGCAAUGUGUAUAUGUCAGGAUGUGUCAGUGGUGGAGUGCAGAGUUGCCGCCUGCAGCUUCCUCCACUGCUGUGUUUGUGUUAUUUUCCCACCAGUCGCGGCGUAAGGUGUUGCAGCACCCGUUGUGUUAUGGAGGUGUCUUGUCAGGCAUCCUGUGUGUUCUGUGUGGCAAGAACACAAAGUGGCACAAUAAUUGCAUUAGUGGUCAUGAGGACAUUAUAUACAUUUUGAGGAGUGUGUGUGUGUGUGUGUGUGUGUGUAUGUGUGUAUUACUAAAAGAGUCUGGUUUUGAUGCCUGAACUAUCCUCAGCUCUUUAUAUUGUCUUGGAGUUGUGGUGGUAACAAUGUGCUGUUUGUAUGCACACAUGUAUGCAUGCAUGUGUGUGUAUUCACAAUGUCUUUUAAAAGAAGUGUCUUGGGUGUGUCAAGUGCCAAGAGUACAUGGCAACUAAUCUAACCAAAACAAUGAAGAAUGAAGCUUUACACGGCU